CAUACCUUCCUUGUCUCCUCUUCUGUUUGACUGAGUUUUCUCUUUCUCAACUCCCCUUCAGUCGCGCUUUCAAUACCCCAAUCUCUUUUCGUCGGUUCCCACUGCCCUGUUAUCCCUCCGUCUCCCAUACUGUCCCUCCGGGCCUCAUCUUCCCCUUCCAGGCUCUCCUCUUCACUCCCUUGUCUAGUGUUCUUCUGGCAGAUAACUCGCUUUUGCUCCUCCCGCUUCUGGCCUCAGUUUCCUUCCUCUCCAGUCUCCUUCCUCUCUCCUGGGCCGAUCCUUGGCCGGAGGAGCGGAUGUGAGCGGUAGGAACAGAGGGAAGGCGUUGGUCAGGCAGGAGCUGGCUGGAGUGCAAUUUAGCCCAGAAGUCUGGCUUGCCAUGCAGCGAUCGGGGCCAGAGCGGGGUCAUUUCUCCCGGGGACAGGAGUUCUGGAAACACAGGGCCAUGGAUGCUUUCAACAGAAAUACAGUGGGCUCUGGGCGCAAGAUCCAAGCCAGAGUUCAGAAUGGACCCCUGGAUCUCAUAGAGACUGGCAAAGGGCUGAAGGUGCAGACGGACAAGCCGCACCUGGUGAGCCUGGGCAGCGGGCGGUUGAGCACCGCCAUCACUCUUCUGCCACUGGAGGAAGGAAGGACAGUGAUCGGCUCUGCUACCAAGGAUAUCUCACUCCAGGGCCCUGGCCUAGCCCCUGAGCACUGCUACAUUGAGAACCUGCGAGGGACCCUCACCCUGUACCCCUGUGGCAAUGCCUGCACCAUCGAUGGGCUCCCCAUCCACCAGCCCACCCGUCUCACCCAGGGCUGCAUGCUGUGCCUGGGUCAAUCCACUUUCCUCCGAUUUAACCACCCAGCAGAAGCCAAGUGGAUGAAAAGUAUGAUCCCGUCAGGAGGUAGGGGCCCUGGAGCACCCUAUACCCCUGCUCUAGCUGAGUCAGAGAGCCUGGUGAAUGGGAACCACCCCCCUCAGCCCCCCAGCCGGGGUAAUGCCGCUUGUGCGAGCCACAGCUCCCUGGUGAGCUCCAUUGAGAAGGACCUUCAGGACAUCAUGGACUCCCUGGUGUUGGAGGAGCCGGGAGCCCCUGGCAAGAAGGUCCCUGCAAGCUCCCCGCUCUCCAAUGGUGGGCGCUACACACUCUCGCCGCCUAUUAGCCCGGGGGCCAUGUCUGUGGGCUCCAGCUAUGAGAACACCUCCCCCCCCUUUUCUCCUCUCUCCUCACCUGCCAGUAGCGGCAGCUGUGCCAGCCACUCACCCGGAGGGCAGGAACCAAGCCCGGCCAUUCCUCCCCUGGUCCCUGCCCGCUCCUCAAGCUACCAUCUGGCCUUACAGCCCCCCCAGAUCCGCCCCGGUGGUGCCCGCCCUGCAGAGAGCCCCCGGCUGGGCAGGAAAGGGAUCCAUGAAGGGCCUCCAAGCCCAGGGCGGCGAGGUCUGCUGACUGACAGUCCUGCUGCUACAGUGCUGGCAGAGGCCCGAAAAGCCACCGAGAGCCCCCGGCUUGGGGUGUCUCUACCUGUUGUGGCCAUCAGCCUGAGCGAAUACCCCGAUGGCGGAGCACGAAGCCAGUCCACUGGCAGCCCCAAGUUCCAGCCUCCCAUCCCAGCCCCCCGGAGCAAGGCCAGCACCCUCCAAGAGCGGCCCCCUAGCCCCUUCCGGGAGCUGCCGGGCACUGAGCGAGUCCUGACGGCCAGCCCCUCCCGCCAGCUGGUGGGCAGAACCUUCUCAGAUGGGAUGGGGACCCGCACCUUGCAGCCGCCAGAGAGUCCACGCCUGGGCCGGCGGGGAGGCCCGGAGAGCAUGCGUGAACUCCCGCCCCUGAGCCCGUCCCUUUCCCGGCGGGCCUCCCCACUGUCUCCUAUGCCUGCCCGGGCCACUCCGGACCCUAAACUGACCAGGGAGAUGGCGGAGAGUCCCAGGACCCGUCGCUGGGCAGCACACGCGGCUUCCUCGGAAGACUUCACCCUUACCCUGGGAGGGAGGGGCCGUCGGACCAGGAGCCCCUCCCCCACACUAGGAGAAUCUGUGGUGCCUCGAAAGGGCAGUUUCGGGGGUGGAUUAAGUCCUGCCUACAGUCUUGGCUCCUUAACUGGGGCCUCGCCCAGGCAGAGUCCUCGGGCACAGAGGAAACUCUCCAGUGGGGAGCUCCGGGUGCCAGCUCCCCGGGAGAGAAAGAACAGCAUCACUGAAAUCAGUGACAAUGAGGACGACUUGCUGGAGUACCACCGCCGCCAGAGGCAGGAGCGGCUUCGUGAGCAGGAGAUGGAGCGGCUGGAACGUCAACGUCUGGAGACCAUCUUGAACUUGUGUGCUGAGUACAGCCGGGCGGAUGGGGGCUCUGAGGUAGGAGAGCUGCCUAGCAUUGGCGAAGCUGCCAUGGCAUUGGCACUGGCAGGCAGAAGGCCCUCUAGGAGCAUCUCUGGAUGUGGCACUGAGGAGCCCAGUGGGGCCACCCAGAGGCUCUGGGAGAGUGUGGAGCGCUCUGAUGAGGAGAAUCUGAAGGAAGAAUGCAGCAGUACUGAGAGCACCCAGCAAGAGCAUGAAGAUGCUCCAGGCUCCAAGCUUCAGGGUGAGGUGUUGGCUCUGGAGGAGGAGCGGGCAAAGGCACUUGGGCGAGUGGAGCAACUCAAGGGCAGAGUGAAGGAACUGGAGCACCAGCUCCAGGAAUCGACAAGAGAGGCUGAGAUGGAACGGGCACUGCUUCAGGGGGAGCGGGAGGCAGAGCGAGCACUGCUGCAGAAGGAGCAGAAAGCUGUGGACCAGGUGCAGGAGAAGUUGCUGGUGCUGGAGACGGGCAUGCAGAAGGAGAGGGACAAGGAGAGGGUGGAGCUGGCCGUGGGACGGAGUGAGCUGGAGGCCCGCCAGGCGCUGUAUGAUGAGCUCAAGACACAGCUCGAUAACUGCCCCGAGUCUGUUCGGGAACAGUUACAGGAGCAGCUGAGAAGGGAAGCUGAGGCUUUGGAAACAGAGAUGAAACUCUUCGAAGACUUGGAAUUCCAGCAGCUGGAGAAGGAAAGCCGCCUAGAGGAAGAACGGGAGCUGGCGAGCCAGGGAUUGCUCCACAGCAGGGCAGAGCUGCAUCGGAGCAUUGCCAAGAGAAAGGAGCGCCUAGCGGUGCUGGAGACGCAGGCCACGCAGAUCCGGGCCCAGGCCGUCCAGGAGUCGGAGCGGCUGGCCCGGGAGAAGAACUCCUCCCUGCAGCUGCUGCACAAGGAGAAGGAGAAAUUGGCAGCCCUGGAGAGACGCUACCAGGCACUCACUGGGGGGAGGCCUUUCCCUAAGGCCACAGCAGCACUCAAAGAGGAUGAUCUGCAUAUCUCUGAGUCCUCAGAGCUGGGGCUGGAGACUGAGGCUCUGGGGUCGUUCCCCAGGCCAUCCCCACCCAGGGCCGCCGCUGGCCCCCUAACCCCACCUGCCUCCACCCAGCUCUGCCCCAAGACGCAAGAGAUGGAGAAGCUGUUACUUCCUGCCCUAGACUUAGAGCAGUGGUACCAGGAGCUCAUGACAGGGCUCGGGGCUGGCCCAUCUGCCUCCCCCCGCUCCUCCCCUCCACCUCUGCCUGCCAAAGCAUCCCGACAGCUGCAGGUUUACCGUUCCAAGAUGGAGAGUGAAGCUGGCAGCCCCCUGCCUCGUACCCGCAGCGGGCCCAUCCCCUCGUCCUCUGGCUCAUCGUCCUCAUCCUCUCAGCUCAGCGUGGCUACCCUGGGCCGCAGCCCCUCCCCUAAGAGUGCCCUCCUGAGCCAGAAUGGCACCGGGAGCCUGCCCCGUAACCUGGCAGCCACCCUACAGGACAUCGAGACCAAGAGGCAGCUGGCCCUGCAGCAGAAGGGCCAGUCACUUCCUGCAGCGCCCCUGCCUCUCGACGACACAGCAGGGCAGCAGGUGAUUGAGGAGCAGAGGCGGCGGCUGGCCGAGCUCAAACAGAAGGCCGCGGCAGAAGCCCAGUGCCAGUGGGAGGCCUUGCACGGGGCGGCCCUUUACCCCCCGGCCUCCGCGGGCUUCCCCCCUCUCAUGCACCACUCCAUCCUGCAUCACCUGCCCGCCAGCCGGGAUCGGGCAGAGGAGGGGGAGCAUGCCUACGACACGCUGAGCCUGGAGAGCUCAGACAGCAUGGAGACCAGCAUCUCCACAGGGGGCAACUCGGCCUGCUCCCCUGAUAACAUGUCCAGUGCCAGUGGAAUGGACAUGGGGAAGAUUGAGGAGAUGGAGAAGAUGCUAAAGGAAGCCCAUGCUGAGAAGAGUCGGCUCAUAGAAUCUAGGGAACGGGAGAUGGAGCUACGGCGGCAGGCCCUGGAGGAGGAGCGGAGGAGGCGGGAGCAGGUGGAAAGGCGGCUCCAGAGUGAGAGCGCCCGGAGGCAGCAGAUGGUGGAGAAGGAGGUCAAGAUGAGGGAAAAGCACUUCUCCCAGGCACGGCCCCUCACCCGAUACCUGCCCAUCCGCAAGGAGGACUUUGACCUGAAGACGCACAUCGAGUCCUCGGGCCACGGCGUGGACACCUGCUUGCACGUGGUGCUGAGCAGCAAGGUCUGCCGGGGCUAUCUGGUCAAGAUGGGGGGCAAGAUAAAGUCCUGGAAGAAGCGUUGGUUUGUCUUUGACCGGCUCAAGCGCACCCUCUCCUACUACGCCGACAAGCAUGAAACGAAGCUCAAGGGGGUCAUCUAUUUCCAGGCCAUCGAGGAGGUAUACUACGACCACCUUCGAAGUGCUGCCAAGAAGAGAUUUCUCAGCUUCAGCCUGGUGACUGAGAGUCCCAAUCCUGCCCUGACCUUCUGUGUCAAGACCCACGACCGGCUGUACUAUAUGGUCGCGCCUUCCCCCGAGGCCAUGCGCAUCUGGAUGGACGUCAUCGUCACCGGCGCCGAGGGCUACACCCAGUUCAUGAACUGACCUGGAGGGAUGGGCCUCCCUGUGCCCCUGCUGGGGAGGCUUGGGACUUACGCCCAGAUCUAGACUGGGAGAUCUGGACAUCCCCCAGGAGGGGAGAGCCUGGAUUUGAUGGUCUGGGGAAGACACUUUGCUAACCUCCAGCAAGCUUCUCACGCCUUCCAGAGUCAGGGCUCUGGGCUUCCGGUGCGGCCAGGAGGGGAAGUGGGGAUGUGGGUGGGUGUCCUCCUUGGGUCUCCCUGGGCCCCUCAGGAGCCCUCCAAGGAACAGAUCGGGCCGAGGGCCAUUCCCAUGGCCUGUGCUGGCUGGCGUCUGGGACGGAGGAUGAAGGUCCCUGUGUCUUCCUGGCCCCUUUUCUCUCUUGGAAAGGAUAAGCUUAAGGUACCAGAAUCUGCCAAAGAUCCCCUCUUCAUCUCAGCCCCCUUCCCAGGGGCCUUGAGGGCUGAGCGCAGCCACACCCCGGAGGAAGCAGACGGGGUGGUACCAGGGCUUAGUUCCCAAGGCCCCUGGGUCUCUCUCCUCUCCCUUCCCCAGUUUAUUUUUUAUGAUUUUGUUCACGACAGAGGAAGUGGUACCAUUACUGUGGUCACAGCCCCAUCUCCAGCGAUUUAGAGCCAUGCUUAUUCCAUAGUUGUCCCUCCACCCCAUUCCCAGCAUUGCUCUUUCCUCAACCCUCCUGGCUCUGGACCCCCCUUUUGGGCUGUACCCCCCAGUCUUCCCAAGGCUACUUGCUCAUGAUUUCUUUACUCUAAGGCCCUUGGACAUCUCACCCCCGGGAGAGGGGACCUGACCACCCUUCCCUCUCCCCCUCGCCAUUCUCUUACCACCAGGCCCCGAUGCACUAGCCCUGCCUGGCCCUAGGUCUGGGCCCCUUCCCCCUCCACUCGUGCCUUGACUGGAGCCAGAGGUUGCCAGGGUCUAGGGGUAUGGAGACCCAAAAAGGAGGUGCAGGGUCUGGGGUGAGUGAUGAAGCCUGUCUUGGGGCACAUCCUUGCCCAGGGCAAGGUCUGUCUCUUUAGAUUGUUUUCCUGGGAGGAGAGGAGUUCAUUAAAUGCCCACCCUCACCCCCACUUCUAGGAAGAGAAUAAGCAGCCCCCAAGGUGAAAAGAACCAGUGGGGGGGGGAUGAACUGUGCACCCCCAACCCCCCUCACCAGCUGUGUCCUACCCCAUUUUGGCCUCAGGAAUGUGGCAGGGAAUACCAGGCUCCCACCCAUACUGGUCCUAGCCCUUUAGGCCUUAACACUAUUCCCUCUCUCCAGUCCAGACUUUCUUCCCUUCCUGCCUUUCUUCCCCGUUUGCUUGGGGCCCGAGUUGCCUGGGUCCAGGCUGGGGUUGAUUGAUGGGUUCCCCCCCCCAGUAUUUGUAAACAGAUCAGCAAAAACAAUAAACCAUUUGAAAUAAUCA